AUGGUCUCGAAUCAGAAAACCAAACAAGAGCUCCGUCUUUGUGGCGGCAAAGAUCGACGUCAGAUUGAGAUUGCAGACAAAGUCCUCCAGCUCAUUGCCACACCGACAUUCUGGACAGAUCUUGAGAGUCUCACCCGGAUCCUACAACCAUUGACUAUUGCGGCACAUGCUCUCCAAAGCAAUACCACUCGUUUGGAUGAAGUAUUUCUCACAUUAGGUUGCCUCUACACUCAGUAUACCAGCGAAAAAAAUACACAAGGAAGGACACCAGGGGAAAAUGAAGUCACACAUUGGAUCAUACAAAGUCUGGAGAAACGCUGGGCCUUCACAGACCAGGAUCUCUUUGUUGCAGCCGCACUAUUAAAUCCUUUCUUCGGGCGCCAUCGACUGGGCAUGGCCCCUGGUGCCUUCCCUGGCGCUACUCGAUAUGAACUCAUACGCCGUGUAUAUUGCCGCCUAUUUCAGCCCCCUUCCAAUCUCGAACCUCCAGAAUUAUAUCAGCACUGGCUUGAAUACACAAUGGUUAAUCCGUCAGUCCACUUCUCUGAUUCUGCUCUUGGUCUACAAACGGCUCUCCGGCACGCCAAAAAUACCAACACAUCACCAGAUCCAAUCGUAAUCUGGCGCCAGCUUGAUAUUCCAUCUCCAUCCCCACUCAAAGCACUUGCCCUUCGUCUGUAUGCUGUUGUCCCAAACAGUGCAGGGAAUGAGAGGAUCUUCUCUCAAUACAGUGACAUAGCAACAAAGAAACGCAAUUGGCUCAGUCCAGAGAAAAUG